AUAGCCUAUCCAGACUUGUUUUAAAACAACCAAUCGUCCCCAUUGCGCUGAAGCCAAUCGCGCGCUCGAUUACAUCUCAACUUGGGAUGAACUGCUGUGUGUAUCGCUGGAGUAAUUCUGCCAGGGAAACAUUCGUGCUGCUCCUUGACAAGCUUCUUGACUUUAGCCGAGAGAAUCGUUGCAACGCUGGAUCCUCCUUCUGAGGCAGAGAAGCUGCAGUUCAUCUGCAAUGGAGCCGCUGCUGGGGAUGAGUCGCUGCUGCUUCUUCCUUUUGUGUUUGCUGCCCGUGCAGCCGGCGCAUUCCCUCUACAUCUCCAGCGAUAAAGACUCUCUUUUGAAGAAGUUAGAGGAGUACAGGCUUGUAACCCCGGUCAGUACCGACUCGAAGGGAAAAUAUGUUUCUCACGCUGUGGCAAAGAGAGAAACCAACCGUUUCAGAAGAGAUGCUGCCGUUCUUGAAAAAACCUCAGCUGAAAGAAUUUAUUAUAAUGUCACUGUUUUCGGAAGGGAAUUUCACUUGAGGUUAAGAGCUAAUUCGAAAUUGGUCGCACCAGGCGCAACAAUUGAAUGGGAGGACGGUGCCAAUGUGUCUGCUAUUGAACCACUAAACACAAAUUGCCUUUAUGUUGGCGAUAUAACUGACUUACCAAAUGCCUCUGUUGCUAUAAGUAACUGCGAUGGACUGGCUGGUAUAAUUCGCACCGAUGAGGAAGAAUUCUUUAUUGAACCACUGGAAAAGGACAGGGACGGAGAAGAAGAAGGGAGAGUUCAUAUUGUUUAUCGAAGAUCAGCUAUAUUAAAGUCGUUUCAAGGCAAUAAGAUUGACAUUCAACGAAAUGAAACCACGCAGCGUAACGCAAAUCUCUUGGAAAAUAUUAUUGACAGCGUUCAAGACCAAGUCAACAUUUCGAGAAAAAGAACUCGGAGACAUGCAAGCGACGAUGCCUAUAACAUUGAAAUUCUUCUUGGAGUUGAUUAUUCUGUUGUAGAAUUCCAUGGAAAGGAAUAUGUUCAGAAAUACCUUCUGACACUCUUAAAUAUUGUUAAUGAAAUCUACCAUGAUGAAUCUUUGGGUGCCCAUAUUAACAUUGUGGUUGCACAGAUCAAAAUGCUAAGCCACGCAGAAUCUUCCACCUUAAUUGAGGUUGGAAAUCCUUCUCAGAGUUUAGAGAAUGUCUGUCGGUGGGCAUAUCGGCUGCGGAAACCAGAGGCUGGACAAGCUGAAAAUCAUGAUCAUGCAAUAUUUCUCACAAGGCAAGAAUUUGGUCCAUCAGGCAUGCAAGGUUAUGCUCCAGUUACCGGAAUGUGCCACCCUGUACGGAGCUGCACACUUAAUCACGAAGAUGGAUUUUCUUCAGCUUUUGUAAUAGCUCAUGAGACUGGUCAUGUGCUAGGUAUGGAACAUGAUGGCCAAGGAAAUCAUUGUGGAGAUGAGGUACGAAUGGGAAGCAUAAUGGCCCCACUGGUACAGGCAGCAUUUCAUCGCUUUCAUUGGUCUCGGUGUAGCCAGCAAGAGCUCAGGCGUUACUUGAGUUCAUAUGAUUGUCUCAGAAAUGAUCCUUUUGAUCACAAUUGGCCUUCUCUACCUCAACUACCAGGGAUGCAUUACUCUAUGAAUGAUCAAUGCAGAUUUGAUUUUGGGUUGGGUUACAUGAUGUGUACAGCGUUUCGGACACCUGACCCCUGCAAGCAGCUUUGGUGCAGUCACUCGGAUAACCCUUACUUCUGUAAAACGAAAAAGGGCCCUCCCUUGGAUGGAACAAUGUGUUCUUAUGGAAAGCGCUGCUUCAAAGGACACUGCAUCGGGCUCACUCCAGAUCUCCUCAGGCAAGAUGGAAACUGGGGGCAGUGGAGCAAAUUUGGCUCUUGCUCUCGCAGCUGUGGCACAGGAGUAAAAUAUAGAACCCGCAGCUGUGACAAUCCACAUCCAGCUAAUGGCGGUCGUUCCUGCAGUGGCCCAAACUACGAGUUACAGCUUUGCAACACUGAAGAUUGCAAAACAGAUUUUGAUGACUUCCGGGAAGAGCAAUGUACACAAUGGGAUCCGUACUUUGAAUAUCAAGAUUCUAAACAUACCUGGCUUCCAUACGAACAUCCCGAUGAAAAAGAAAGAUGCCAUCUUUACUGCCAAUCAAAACAAAAUGGAGAUGUUGUGUAUAUGAAGAGAUUAGCACACGAUGGAACACGGUGCUCAUACAAAGAUUCUUAUAACAUUUGCGUUCGUGGUGAAUGUCUGAAAGUUGGUUGCGACAACGUAGUCGGCUCAAAAAGAAAAGAAGAUAAGUGCGGGGUGUGCGGCGGUGAUAACUCACACUGCAAGGUUGUUAAAGGAACAUUCACAAGAACACCUAGGAAACAAGGGAAUGUAAAAAUAUUUGAAAUUCCAGUUGGGGCACGUCAUUUGCUGAUUCAAGAAACUGGUGCAUCCUUACACAAUCUUGCUAUCAAAAAUCAAGCAACGGGAAAAUUCAUCCUGAAUGAUGAAAAUGUCACCAUGCCCGACUCCAAAUUAUUUAUUAACAUGGGGAUUGAAUGGGAGUAUCAAAACGAUGAGAACCGUGAAACAAUUCAGACCAUGGGACCUCUUCACAAUCCAGUCACCGUAAUUGUAAUUCCCCAUGGACAUUCAAAGAUUUCAUUGAGUUAUAAAUAUAUGAUACACGAAGAUUCCUUGAAUGUAGAUAACAACAAUGUGGUGGAAGACGUGGUUGUGACCUAUGAAUGGACUUUGAAGAAGUGGUCCCACUGUUCCAAACCAUGUGGAGGAGGCCAUCAAUUCACAAAAUACGGCUGUAGAAGAAAAUCUGACCACAAAAUGGUUCACAAAAACUUUUGUGACUCUAUCCAAAAACUGAAACCAAUUCGAAGAGUCUGCAAUCUUCAGGAAUGUUCCCAGCCACUCUGGAUUAGUGGAGAAUGGGAUCCUUGCACUGUGACAUGUGGUAAAUCAGGUUACCAGUUCCGAACAGUUAAGUGUAUUCAGCCAUUAAAUGACAAUAAAAAUCGCUCUGUUCACAACAAAUACUGCAGCGAUGAUCGUCCAGAAGCCAAAAGACCAUGUAAUCGUCAACCUUGUCCUGCUCAGUGGAGAACUGGGUCUUGGUCACAAUGUUCAGUAACUUGUGGCAAUGGCACAGAAGAAAGGCAGGUGCAUUGUGGUUCGGAUGUCACCAAAUCUGCCAACUGUAGUGCGGAAAAGCCAGAAAUAAUACGGAUAUGCAGAUUACCUCCAUGUUCUGGAAAUGCAUCGGAUCCAUACAAGAAGAAUUACAUUGUGCAAUGGCUGUCAAAACUGGACCCCGACUAUCCCCUUCACAAGAUAUCUUCAAAUGAAAGCUGCCUUGAAGACAAGUCGAUGGUUUGUCGUCUGGGAAUUUUGCAUCGUUACUGCUCAAUGCCUGGCUACAGCCGAAUGUGUUGUAAAUCAUGCAAUGCAUCUCGCUUGCACAAUGACACCAAAACGAAUAGUAGUGGUAAUCCUGCACGCCCAAUUCCAUCACCUCCCACUCGCUACAAUACCACUUUGACCUUCACUCUUAAUUACAAGCAAAAUGUUUCAAACUCCAGCCUCACUGACCAACAUAAUAACAGGGUUGACAUUCCGAAUAAAAUCCAGGACUUACAGAAUGAAGUGCCGCAACCCAAUGCCAUUCCCCGGAGAAGAUCCACAUUCGGAAAGACGAAGAACCAACGAAUCCAACAGCUGAUUGCAGAGAAGGUCAAACAGGAGUCAAAAAGGAAGUCAAAUUGAUCUCAGUGUAAAAAUAUUACUGUUUUUUUUUUUUAAGAAAAGAGUUGUUAUUAGACAAGAAGCAACGACAAUGGUGCUGUAGUAAAACAAUAAGUUAAAAUCAUACUCACAAAAAGCUUUACAAGGCAAAAUCAUGGAAAUAAGUACUGUUAAACACAUUACAUCCUAGGCAUUGUAUUGAAAGGGAAAAUAGAUCCUCAUAUUUGUCAUGAGCUCAAUCAGUUGGGCUUAUGUAGAGGAGGUGCAUAAACAUUCUGAUUUUCCAAAAAUAAAUUUAAAUAUAUUUCUUUUUUUCACAUAUAUGAAAGGAAACCAUUAUAGUCUCUCUCUAAUUCAAAGGAAACAUUUCUCAUUCCCCCUUAGGCUCACAGUGUCGCGUAACCCUUCCCUCACCUUGUUUGUUGUGAAGCGAGGGAUUCUGGGACUUAAAAUCUCAUUGCUUUCCAUAGUGGGUGGUGCUGAGAUUCUCUAGAAAGCAGAGGGACAUCAUGUCCCAGAGUCCAUCGCUUCACAGUGGGAAAAGGGGACAUGGGAGCUGCAUAGCACUGUGAGCCUAAGAGGAGCGGGAAAUUACUAACAGUGUCAAUGUUUUCUUUCAGUCUACAGCAGGGGUGCUCAGACUUUGUCACCUCGCAAUCUAUUCUUGACACCUGACACCAUCAUGAGAUCUACCUGAAGAACUCAUAGCAGGAUGGCACAGAGGCACUUCCAUGUAUAAAUACCCCCAAUCAGGGGCGCUCCACCAAUCAGGUGAGCAGAGGAAGUCGCCUCAGAUGGCAGCGCCCCACUAGGUACCAGGGGCGACAAAAAUGCUGCUCCUGGUACUUGAUUAAGAGCUGAAUUUCCGUUUUUCAAACUGGAAAUUUGGCUCUUCUAGAGUAGAGAGCGCAAUAAUGCUCUCUGCGCUGGCGUCCUGGUCCUCUUCGCCGCCCUCACGGACCCCCUCGGACGAAAAAGGAGCGGCAGCAACACCAAGCUGCCUCAGGCGGCGGAGGGACCAGGAUCGCCCUGCCCCCAAUACCCCAUUUUGGUAAAAUACAUUGAUGUCUAUGAGCGACUUUUUCGCGCAACAAUUUUUUUCACGAGCGAUACAUUUUUUUAUUUUGUGCACACAAUUUUUACUUGCAGUGAUUUUUUUUCUGUGGUCUGCCAGGGACUUUGAAGUGAUCGACCAGUAGACUGCGAUCGACGUCUUGGGCACCCCUGGUCUAUGGAAUCAGCUUUAUCUUUAUUUUUGGAAAUUCCUUUUAAUUCAAAGCUGUUGACUGGAAAACCUGCAGGGUAAAGAAAAACACUAGUUACAAUUCUGACAUUAUGGUGCCAAAGGAUCCUAGUGCAAUAUGUCUUUAUACGUCACGUAUGCAUUGACUGCCGUCAUGUCAUGGUCUUUUUAUGCAAUAUGACAGAUUAUACCCGGAUUGUUACAGUGUACCAUUUGGAGUAUUUCGCUAAAUUAAAAUGCUGCAUGUGCUGCUUCUUUCUUUUGA